AUGACUAUUUCUACGCUGAGCAACGAUGGUGCCAACCGCAGUUCUGGUGGCAACACCAAGAAGGACGGGGCCGCGGCGAAGGAGUGUACCUACGGGAAGAAGUGCUUCACCAGGGAGGAGUGGAAGGAGCAGGUGGCGAAGUACUCGUCCAUGGGCGAGUUGUACGCGAACAAGACCAUUCACUAUCCGCUGAAGAUCCAGCCUGACAGCACCGGCGGUGCCGGUGCUGGUGCUGGUUCCGGAGCCGGGGACGAGGGGUUCUCUAGCGUACAGACCAUGCCGAUUGAGCCCACGCUGCCGCGGCUUCUGCUGAACUACUUUGUCUCGAUGGCCUACGAGGACUCGAGCAUCAGGAUGGCCAAGGAGCUCGGGUUCAUACGCAACAAUAAGGAUAUUGCGCUCUUCAACGACCUGUACAAGAUCAAAGAGCGCUUCCACAUCAAACAUCUCAUCAAGCUGGGACACAUUAACAAGGCGAUGGACGAGAUAAACUCGAUAUUCGGGCUGGAGGUGCUGGAGGAGACUUUCAACGCCACGGAAAGCGAUGCGGGCAGUACGGGAAACGGGCAGCAGCAGCAGCAGUUCGAUAUAGACGGGGACUUGCAUUUCAAACUGCUGCUGCUGAACCUGAUCGAGAUGAUAAGAAGUCACCACGAACAAAAGAGUGGCGCCGAAGACUCGAACGAUUUCAUCCUCAAUCUCAUCCAGUACUCCCAAAAGAAACUCGCCAUAAAGGCCUCGUCCAGCAUCAAAAAAAUGCAGGAACUAGAACUGGCAAUGACUCUGCUGCUUUUCCCUUUAUCCGAUUCCGUCGAUAGCAGCAGCAUCAAACUCCCCAAGUCGUUACAGAAUCUGUACUCGAUAACCUUAAGGGCCAAGAUUGCAAACUUGGUCAACGAGAAACUGCUCAAAUUCAUUCACCCGAAGAUCCAAUUCGAGAUCCAUAACAACAACUCGAAGUUCCCCGAUCUUUUAAACUCCGACAAGAAAAUCAUCACGCAGAACUUCACCGUGUACAACAACAACCUCAUCAAUGGUUCAAAUGGCACGAAAAUAAAUUACAUCUCUUCCGACCAACCCAUCAGCGACAAAAUGGCAAGCAGCGACACGACCGCUACCAGCAAUUCGGUUUGGUUAAACCACCAAGACACCAACCAUGGAACAAACACAAGCGCGACCACCUUCAAGAAUUUGGAAAACAAAAACUACUGGAACCAAGCGUCCGAAUUGUUAACCGCCAACGCUGCUUCGAACACAAAGACAAAGAACUUGCAGUUCAACAACUACUCCUCUUCUGAAUUCCCCUAUGAACCAAGAUUGACGCAAAUAAUGAAACUGUGGUCCUGGUGCGAAAACCAGCUUCACCGCAACCAAAUAGGCGUGCCUAGGAUGGAAAAUUAA